AUUUGAAAAUAUUUCAGAUUCCCUUCAUUAAAGGAUAAGUUCACAUUUUCAAGUAUCUUAAAACAAUAGUCACAUGUUCAUAUGUACAUUUAAGGUCACUGUAAUUAUUCUCCUGUCUAUUCUGGCUGUGAAGAGAUCUCUCUAUAAAUGUCAAUGUUAAUGUGGGCAUGUGAGUAUAGUUUUUAGACAAAUAUGAAUCUAUCCUUUAAGGUAUUAACAGAGUCUUUGUGAAAUCUUGUUGCUUUUCUGUAACUGUGUGCAGCUGAAAUGUCAUCCUCAAAAAAAGUCUUCAUUGUUACGUGACAUAAGAUAUGGAAAACCAGACUGUAAGUGAGGAUAUCCUUCUCCUGGAGAGGUUGCAGGUCACCCCCCAGUCUUCCAUCCCUGCCUUCACCCUCCUCCUCAUCAUAUACAUCUUCAUCAUGGUAUCCAACCUUGGCCUGGUAGUCCUGAUCUUUAGGACCAGAAGCCUCCACCAGCCCAUGUAUCUGCUCUUGUGCAACAUGAGUAUUAAUGAUGCGUUUGGGGCGACGAUAGUUAUACCUCAUGUACUCAGAGAUAUUUUAAUAUCAAACUCGGAGCGUUACAUUCAUUACUUCUGCUGUGUCAUUCAGGCCUUCUGUGUUCAUUUCCAUGCAAGCGCCUCUCACACUGUACUCAUGAUCAUGGCUUUUGACCGCUAUGUCGCCAUCUGCAACCCCCUGCGAUACGCCACCAUCAUGACCAACAAGAUGGUGGUGAAGCUGUCGGUUGCGGCGUGGGCCGUAGCCUUUAUCAUGGUGGCGAUCCUUGUGGGGCUCAGCGUGCGCCUGUCACGUUGCAGGCGGGUUAUACUCAACCCUUUCUGUGAUAACGCCUCCUUGUUCAGCCUCUCCUGUGAAAGCUUACUCAUCAAUCACAUCUACGGCCUCGGCUACACGGUGGUCCUGCUGGGCUCCUCCAUCGGCAGCGUAACUCUCACCUACUUGAAAAUUGCUGUGGUGUGUUUGCGCAACAAGAACAAGAUGUUGAACAGCAAAGCGCUGCAGACCUGUGCCACCCAUCUGGCUGUGUACAUCAUCCUGCUGGUGUCUGGCUUCAUCAUCGUCAUCCUGCACCGUUUCCCUCAGCUGUCAGACCACAGGAAAGUGGCGUCUGUCCUGGGACAUGUUGCCUUACCUGCCCUGAAUGCUGUUAUCUACGGGUUGCAAAUUAAAGAGGUCAGGCAGAGGAUUACGGCUGCGUUCCACAACAAUAAAGUAUCUCUAAUGAAUGUAAAGUGA